AUGCAGUUGUACUCUAAUCGCUGUACAGAUGAUCUGAGCCAAUCUCAAGAUCUAGCACGGCUAACACGCCCGUAUACCCUCCUCAUAACCAUUCCUACAGAAACCGGUUCAGCAACCACGACCAGCUACUGGGCACCGCCUGGAUUCCAGCCACAUCACUUUCAACUCCACACAACCCUGAAGCCAGCUCAGAUCCAACUCGUCCAAUGCCAUGAAGAUCACGGCAUAGUACGCAUUGCAGCCCGUGAACCCGAUUUCGCAAGCUUCUUCCGCCAAAAGCUUGAUCACCUCCAGACAUCCUCACACGAUGUAAAAAUGGUCUCAAAACUCGCCACCAACCUAUGGUGCCAUGAAAUGAACGAGGGAGUCGAGCUUCAUGUUUUCAGCAUCCUUGUUUUUGGUGAUGAGAGUGGAAAUCUUGUUCCCGAAGGUUGCAGUCUGUUGUGGAAAUGGGCCAAGGAGCAGAGCCAAUAUCGUAAGUCCGGGGUUUGGGAUCAUAGGUUGGCUCAGGUGUUGGUGGAUGCGGAGUGGACGGCUGGGAAAGAUGUUGCAAUUUUGGCCAAGGGCGUGGAUGAAGAGGAGUAUGAGAGGGUAGCCAAGGGAGCAAUUAAGUCUUAA